UUGGUAUUUAAAAUUAAUUUAAUUUAUAAUUUUCAUGAUGUGUAUCGAUUUCAAAUUAAUUUUUAACAUGAAUGCUAAAAUAAUUGCAGUUACUGCGUUUUGUAUGGUACUACAAGGAUAUCAUGCAAUAAUCUAUCCAUUCGAUUACGCACCAACGUUAUGCGAAGAUCCUACGAAAGUGACAUUCGAUUUUAUAGUGGUUGGAGGUGGAAGUGCUGGAGCGACAGUAGCUGCUCGUUUAAGUGAAAUACCUGAAUGGAAUGUUUUACUAUUAGAAGCAGGAGGUGAUCCACCAGAACUAACCGAAAAUCCAAUUUUAUGGAACCAAAAUCUAAGGACAAAAUGUGACUGGAUAUUUUUAUCGGAAAAGAAUCCUUUACUUUUUAAAGGAAUGGAACAAGAGAGGUGUAUUAUAUCUAGGGGUUUUGCAUUAGGUGGAUCGUCUUCAAUUAAUGCAAUGAUACACUUACGAGGUACUGUAGAAGAUUUUAGACAAUGGAAAAAUAAGUAUGAUUGUCAUGGAUGGGACUAUGAAGACGUUUUACCGUAUUUUAAAAAAUCAGAAGAUUUUGUAGAUCAAUAUAGAUUUGAUCCAGAAAUUCAUUCACAAGAAGGACCACUGACUAUAACACCGUUAGAAACAUUCGAUCCAGCUUAUAAGGUUAUCGUUGAAGCAGAGAAGUCUUCAAAUUUAAUUGAGGUGAAUGAUUUUAAUAGAAAAGAACCAGUUAUCGGAUAUGGUAAUUUCGAUUCAACCACUCGUAAUGGCCGUCGAUGUAGUACAUUAAAAGCGUUUUUAAUACCAGCGAGUAAUCGUCCAAAUCUUUAUGUAGCUAAAUAUACAAUUGUCACCAAGAUUUUAAUCGAAAAUAAUGUAGCAGUGGGAGUAGAAUUCAAAUGUUCAUCAAAUGAGUUCAAAACAGUUUUUUGUAAAAAAGAAGUAAUAGUAUGCGCUGGACCUAUAAAAAGUCCACAGCUUCUCAUGCUUUCUGGAAUCGGACCAAAAGAACAUUUAAGCGAUCACGGUAUUCCUAUUAUUAGUGACCUACCAGUAGGUUAUAACUUACAGGAUCAUAUGUCACUUCCAGUAUUCGUAUUUACAGAUCGUAAAUGUAGACCAAUCGAGGACAUAAUGAAUGAAAGCCAUGAUCUGUUGAAUAAAGAAAUGAGUCUGUAUUCAAAAAAUAUAUCAACACUUGGCCUUAGUAAGCUUAUGACAUUUUAUAAAUCAAAUGAUAGUUUAGAGUAUCCUGAUUUACAAAUUAUAAAAUUCAGAAUUCCGUUUAACUCAACAAAUACCUUUCCAAAUAAAAUAAAUGCAUUUACAAACAUGUUUGGAUAUGCUAAAGAAGUAACAAAUUUAUAUGAUGAAUUAAACUUAUUAAGUGAUCUCAUAAUAAUGACACCAAUUAUUUUACAACCAUUAAGUACCGGUCGAAUUAUGUUAAAUUCAAAUAAUCUGUUAGACAAACCUAAAAUAUUUUUAAAUUAUUUGUCUCAUGACACAGAAAUAGAAACCUUGUUAAAGGGUAUUGAAUUCGUUGUAAAAUUAUCUAAAACUAAAAGCAUGAUAGAGGCUGGGUUUGUAUUAGAGGAGUUGAAAUUAUCAAAUUGUGCUAUGUAUGUUUGGGACACUCGAGAUUAUUGGAUUUGUGUCAUUCAGAACUUAGCUGCGCCUUUUUAUCAUGUCGUCGGUUCCUGUAGAAUGGGUUCAGAAGAUGAUUCAUAUUCUGUUGUUGAUCCUAAAUUGAGAGUGAAAGGAGUUCUUGGAUUGCGGUUGAUAGAUAGUUCAAUUAUGCCAAAAAUUGUUUCUGUAAAUACUAACGCAGCUUCAAUAAUGAUUGGGGAAAAAGGAAGUGAUAUAAUAAAAGACUAUUAUGAUAAACUAUGAUGAAUUUUUAUAAUAAAUGAACAUUAAAAUGUCCAAUUGUAGUAAUUGAAUGUACUUAUACUAUAGAAAUUGGAACGAAACAUUAUUUUUAUCAUAU